UGUAUGCACAUAGCUUAAGCAUAUGCCGGGUCCCUCUGGAAGCUGCAGCUGUAGACCAGCGUGUGUGUGUGUGUGUGUGUGCGCGUGUGUAAGGAGUGUAUCAUCUUGCGUCAUUUUGCAAAUGUGACCGAAAUGUUGCAGGGUGAAAUCCCAUUAGUUUAUUGUCAUCAUGCGGCUGUGCCGACAUGAUUUACGUGAUAUUCUAACAAAAUGAUUAUCUCCGGAGCGCUUCUCAAGGGAAUUUGACCUUGUGAUUUUUCUAUCUUCUAUUCCAAUCCUGUCAUGUAACUAAAUCCAUUGUUUUUCCUCCUUGUGCUGCAUAGGAGCGAGAGUUAAUGCCCCUGGAGUUAGAUGAGUUGCGAGAGGCCUUCAAGGAGUUUGACUAUGAUGCGGAUGGAUUUAUACAUUACAAAGACAUUGCUGACUGCAUGAGGACUAUGGGCUACAUGCCUACGGAGAUGGAACUGAUCGAGAUCAUCCAGCAGAUCAAGAUGAGAUGGGGUGGCCACGUGGACUUUGAUGACUUCUGUGAGUUAAUGGGCCCGAGGAUGCUGGCUGAGACAGCUCACAUGGUUGGGCUCAAGGAGCUCCGCUGCGCCUUCAAACAGUUUGACUGUAAUGGGGAUGGGAAGAUCACGCUUGAAGAGCUGAAGGAUGGGAUGAAGACCCUGCUUGGUGAGAAGCUGAAGAAAGGCGAGCUAGAGGAAAUUCUCGGUGACAUUGACCUAAACAAAGAUGGCAACAUCGACUUUGAUGAGUUCAUGAUGAUGCUCUCUGCUCGGUGAUCUCUGAUGGAGGGUGAGGCCGGCACCACAAUCACUCUGCUCCUCUGAGUUACUUCUUUCUGUCCCGUGACGUUUUGCUUUCAAAAUAAAGAGGCAGUUAGUGCAAUGUGAGUUAUAAAGUACAGUAAUAGUAAAAUAUUCUUGCUGCUUUGUCGUCCCCUUGUGGCAGCAAAGGGUACACGUUCAUGCAAUAAAGAGGGGGAUAAGUCAUUUCAGUCUGUGACAAAUAAGGAUUUUUCUUUUCUCUCUCCCAGGGCUGAAAGGGUAAA